AUGAGAAGCAGCAGCAGAUUUUACCUCAGUCUGUUUGUAUUCACAGCAUGUGUAUUCUCCACACAAACAUCAGACACCAUUAAUGCGUCCCAAACCGUGAGCGACAGCAGCGAUGACAGGCUCGUCUCAUCAACGGGGGCCUUCGCCUUGGGGUUUUUCAGCCCCGGGAGCUCCAAGAACCGCUACAUCGGCAUAUGGUACAACAAGAUCGAAGAAAAGACCGUGGUGUGGGUCGCCAACCGAGACAACCCACUCAUCGACCGGUCAGGCAGGCUCCUAGUCAUCCAACCCGGCCGUCUCCUUCUCCUCAACGCUACUAAUGCUACUAUCUGGUCUGCCAACAUAUCAACCACCACUGCACAGGCUCCACUCGCGCGUUUACUCGACACAGGGAAUCUCGUCGUGACAGAUGCAAACGGUGCAAACGACUUCAUCUGGCAGAGCUUCGACUAUCCAACCGAUACUUUCUUACCAGGCAUGAAGCUUGGUAGGAACUUCGCCACGGGCCAUGAGACCUACAUCGCGUCUUCCAAGAACAGCGACGACCCUGCAACGGGGGGAUUCACGUACCACUGCGAUCCCAGUGGCUACCCGCAGACUGUGAUCAAACAGGGCUCCUCUGUCCGGUUCAAGACAGGGCCGUGGAAUGGUGUCCGGUUCAGCGGGAGCCAGAACCUGGUGAAGAACUCAAUUUUCUCGUUUGGCGUUGUGAUCAACGAAGACGAUGUUUACUAUCACUACAACCUCCUCAACGACUCUGUUUACAUGAGGUUUACGCUGAGCGAGAGUGGGGUUGGGCAGAGGUGGCUUUGGUCGUAUGAAACCCGAAGCUGGAUACUCUAUCUUACCAUUCCCAGUGAUAACUGUGACAUUUAUAGAGUUUGUGGUGCUUAUGGUGUUUGCAAUACUAAAACUACGCCUGAUUGUUCGUGCUUGGAUAAUUUCGAGGAUGGUGGGGAUUCUUCGAAUGGAUGCACUAGAAGAACCGCAUUGAACUGCCAAGAAGGAGACGGUUUUCUAAAGUACUCUGGUGUCAAGUUACCAGACACGGAGCGUGCCAUGGCUAAUGCGACUAUGAGUCUCCAAGAAUGCAGGGUUGCUUGCGCCACAAAUUGCUCGUGUACAGCCUACGCGUCUCUGGAUAUUAGCAAUGGUGAAACUGGAUGUCUACGCUGGUUUGGUGACCUUGUCGACAUGAGAGAUAUAUCUCCUGGACAAGAUAUCUACAUUAGAAUGGCUAAAUCCGAAUUAGGCUCGGGUAGUAGGAAAAGGAAAGUACUCGUUGUCGCGCUAUCAGUGGUGAUGGGAAUUCUUGUGCUGGGACUGAGCAUUUUGCUGUAUUCCCAGAAAAGAAAGAAGCAGAAUCAUCAGCUGCAAGAAAGUGGUAAGACAGAACAUGAGUACCAUGAGGAGCUAGAGCUACCAAUGUAUGAUUUAUCCACAAUAAUAAAAGCUACUGAUGAUUUUUCAGCCAACAAUAAGCUCGGGGAGGGUGGAUUUGGACCGGUGUAUAAGGGAGUGCUGGAGGGACAGGAAGUUGCUAUGAAACGACUAUCAAAAACGUCCGUUCAAGGACAAAAUGAGUUUAAGAAUGAAGUAAUCUGUAUUGCAAAACUUCAGCACCGAAAUCUAGUGAGGCUUCUAGGAUGUUGCAUUCAAGGCGAAGAACGGAUACUUCUCUACGAGUACAUGACCAACAAAAGUCUCGACUUAAUACUUUUCGAUCAAGUAAAGAAAAAGAUGCUAGAUUGGCCGAGGCGCUUUAAUAUUAUUAAUGGUAUUGCUCGGGGGCUUAUGUACCUUCAUCAAGAUUCUCGUCUCAGAGUAAUCCAUAGAGACCUCAAAGCUAGCAAUAUAUUACUAGAUUCGGAUAUGAAUCCCAAAAUAUCAGACUUUGGUCUUGCAAGAACAUUUGGAGGCAACGAGACAGGUGCCAACACAAGCCGAGUAGUAGGGACAUAUGGAUACAUGUCCCCAGAGUAUGCUGUAGACGGCAUGUUUUCAGUGAAAUCAGAUGUGUUUAGCUUUGGCGUACUGGUGCUUGAAAUCAUCAGUGGCAAGAGAAACAGAGGAUUCACUCUGAUAGAUCACCGCCACAACCUUCUUGGACACGCAUGGAUGCUUUACAAAGAAGAAAGGUCACUUGAAUUAGUCGACAAAUGUGUGGAAUAUUCAAGUUAUAUAUCUCAGAUUGUGCGAUCAAUCCAUGUCGGUCUUUUGUGCGUGCAAGAACAGACAGAAGAGAGGCCAAACAUGUCUUCAGUGGUUCUGAUGCUCAAUAAUGAUGGGGUGCUGCCUGAAUCCAAACAUCCCGGCUUCUUCACUGGAAGAGAUGUAAAAGCGAAUGAAACUUCCCAUAGCUCCAACACUGCAAGUUCCGGUAAUGCAAUGACCAUAUCGUUGUUAGAGGCUCGUUAA